AUGGGAUAUGGAUCUAAAUCUUCCUAGCCAUUAUGGUCGGAAUAUGGAUAGUUUCCUACGCCCUACGGCCGGAAUACGAAUACUUUAUCCUUUUAUGAAAUGUUAAAACAGGACUACUCUAAUCUAACAUCAGAUAAUUGUUAUAAAGAUAUUUUAGCUGAAUUUUAACCUUCACUAAUUAUAAAUAAUGUUCUUCCAGAAGAUGGCAUGCGCUCUUAUGUUACAAUUUAAAGAGUUUCUUAAAAUCCCAUUUUAAAAUCUUAAGGAGCUUUAAUCUUCAAAGGAGAAUUCGUUGAUUAUAAAGGAUAUGAUUUACGAUUAUUAUUGUAGAUAUAAAGGUAGUUUAAUUUUAGAGAAUGUACUACAAUAGAAACAAAAUUUAUAAUUAUUUAAAAACCAUUAAAGGAUGCAAUCCAAUAUCAAUUCAAUUUUUAUUAAUUUGUUGUUAAUUGCCGAAAUUCAAGUUAAACAUUUGUCAUUAUCAUACUCUCUUAUUAUGAGUAGAAAAUCAAUUUAUACCACAGCUAAUAACAAAUUUUCUCACAUAGUAAAAUCUUACUUAAAGAGAGUAUUUAUAACUAUCUGCUUUUUCAUUUACAACUCGACUUUAACAAAAUCAAAUUUUAGAAUUAGUGUUUAACUAUUCAUAUUAUAUUUUAGAUUCAAAGUUUAAUGCUUUGUGUAUUGAGAUCAUCAGUUGCAAAAUGA